GAGCCGCACUCCUUGGAGGUGUCACGUGUGGGGAGUCACUGAAUUGUUCAAACCUCUGAAGAAACGCCAAUUAUUUGACUACUCUUUAUUGUAUUGCGAGUUAUGUUGAUCUGAGUCAACAUGAGGGCUCUAGACGGACGUAAUAAUGUUAAGGUUUACAAUUUAAGUGCCGGAAAAUCACUUCCUGAGUGGUUGACAGACAGGAAAAGACGACAACUAUCAAAAAGAGAUGUUGAAUUUCGACGUAGGAUAGAAUUGAUUCAGGAUUUUACAAUGCCUGACGUUAGUGGUUGUGUCCGAGUAUCCCCAGAUGGUCGCUAUAUUUUAGCCACAGGAACUUACAAACCAAGAGUAAAAUGCUAUGAAGUUGCUGCUCUAUCCCUUAAGUUUGAGAGAUGCUUUGAUGCUGAAGUCAUUCAAUUUGAAGUUCUUUCUGAUGAUUAUAGCAAGCUUGUUUUCUUACAAGAAGAAAGGUAUGUUGAACUUCAUAGUCAAGCUGGUCGAUGGUUUCGGACUCGAAUUCCCAAAUUUGGACGUGACUUGGCCUAUCAUUAUCCAUCCUGUGAUCUCUAUAUUGCUUCAUCUGGGAGUGAAAUAUAUCGUUUAAAUUUGAACCAGGGCCGGUUUCUCAAUUCCUUGCAGACAGAUGCUCCUGGUGUAAACAAAUGUGCUUUUAAUAACGUUCAUUACUUGUUUACCUGUGGGACUGAAGAUGGCAGAGUAGAAGCUUGGGAUCCACGAUCAAGACACAGAGUUGGAGUGUUGGAUUGUGUUGUUCACAUGGCUACAGAAAAUAUUCAGCUAAGUGGAUACAAGUCGGUGAAACAAUUAGGAAUCUCGGCUCUAGCCUAUAAUGACACACUCACUCUGGGUGUGGGUACACAAACAGGGCAGGUGCUUCUCUACGACAUCCGAUCGGACAAGCCAUUGCUGAUAAAAGAUCAUAAUGAUGGAUUUCCAAUAAAGGAUUUGGAGUUUCACAAUUCAACAGGAUUAGUUCUGUCCAUGUCUUCUAAAAUGGUCAAAAUUUGGAGUAAAGACACUGGAGCCCCACACACCAGUAUUGAGUCUGGAGUAGACUACAAUGACAUGUGUGUGGUGCCAAACUCUGGCAUGAUCUUCCUGACUACUGAGGAUACAAAGAUGCAAACAUAUUUCCUGCCUAGCCUUGGUGCUGCUCCAAGAUGGUGUUCACACCUUGAUGCACUGAUAGAAGAGUUGGAGGAAGAAGAUGCCCCAGAUCAGUAUGAUGAUUAUAAGUUUGUCACAGAAGAUGAACUAAAACAACUUGGCCUUCAUGACCUCAUUGGUAGCAAUAUGCUGCGUGCUGUAAUGCACGGUUAUUACAUGGAUGUUCGACUGUACAGCAAGGCUAAAUUAAUUGCCAAUCCAUUUGACUAUAAUGAUUUUAUGAAACGUAAAGUGAAACAAAAGAUUUCUGAAGAGAAUCAACGGGGAAUUCAAACCAAGAAACUUCCAAGUAUCAACCGUGAUUUGUUUGAGCGGUUGAUAGAGGAAGAAAAGGAUGGCAAGAAGAAGAAGGUAGCAGCAGCACAAGCAUUGUUGACAGAUGACCGAUUUGGUGAUCUGUUUGCAAGUUCUGACUUCCAGAUUGAUAAAGACACUACUGAGUUUAAAUUAUUAAACCCUGUACUUAGUAGAAUGGAUAAGAAGAAAAAGAAACAGAAAUUGCAAGAAGAAGAAGAGGAACAAGAAUUUUUGAAAGCCAGGGGUGAUUUGGCUGAAGAUGAUAGUUCUGAUUCAGAUUCUAUUAUGUCGGACAUGGGAGAGGAUCUUGAUGUCAAACCCAAGAAAGAAUAUAAGGUUAAACAAGACUCAAAAACAGAAAGAGACAAAUGGAAACAAAUUAAGACGGAAAGUAGUGAGAAAAAAUUUACAGAACCAAGUAAUCCUUUGAAGAAGAAAACUCAUGAAAGCAAGAGUCUUAACUUCACUGCAGCUGAUUCUUUGACAGAGCUGAAAGCCAGAAGAAAGAAGCUUAGCAAAAUGACCUUAGCUGAUCGCCUUGACAUGGAAGAUGACCAUCCAGAAAGCAUCAAACAGCAUACCUUUGGCAGCCGAGAGAUGAAUUAUGUUGUGAAGAAGGCACCCAAGUUUGAGCGUAUAAAGCAGCAGCAGAAAGAACACCAAGAAGAAAGAAGAAAAUUUCAUAGGUCAACAGCCAAGCUCAAAGGAAAAUUCAAAGCCAAGGAUCCCAUAUAAUUGUAAUAAAAGCAAGUUUUUCGUACUUUCUUUACUGUUAGCCAUUAUGCUGAAGUAUUAUUUUUAUGUUGACAGUUUAUAAUAUAGUGAUAUCUCCGUUAGCCGGAACAAUUGGUGCAGAGCACUUCCGAGAAUGAGAGAUUUCCGGGUAACGAGACGAUUUUCUCAAAGCCGGAAUAAAUCCCUCAUCCCCGGAAUUUUUCCAUGUACUGGGAAAGGUUUUUUUUAAAAAUUUUCUGUAAAUUGUGCAUUAUUUCAUCAUCAGAAUUUGAUACCAGAUCUGGAAAAAAAAUUGGAGAGAGUUUCUGGAGUUUUCCAGAAUUACCCACUAUUUCAUCCUUGGAAUUUUGCUGUCACACCAAGAAAAAAAAAAUUGGAGUUUCCAGAUUUU